GGUCGGCGCGGGGCGGGUCCGGGGCUGGCAGGUCGCGGUGUGCGGUGCGAUCGCGGCUCCGGGCACGGGGACGGCUGCCAUGGCGGACCACGAGGCGGGUCUGCCGCCCAAAGCCCGGCGGGCGCAAGAUGAGACUAAUACUGACCUUGGUUUGUGUGGAUGGCUCCUGGUGAUCACGUCGCUUUUAUUCACUAUUAUUACGUUUCCUGUAUCGAUCUGGAUGUGCAUAAAGAUCAUAAAGGAAUACGAGCGAGCCAUCAUCUUCAGACUUGGACGCAUCUUAAAAGGGGGAGCAAAGGGACCAGGUUUGUUUUUUGUCCUGCCAUGCACAGACAGCUUCAUCAAGGUCGAUAUGAGGACCAUCUCUUUUGAUAUUCCUCCCCAAGAGAUCUUGACCAAGGACUCUGUGACAGUUAACGUGGACGGAGUGGUUUAUUACAGAGUUCAGAAUGCCACCCUUGCUGUGGCAAACAUCACAAACGCUGACUCAGCCACUCGCCUCUUAGCACAGACUACUUUGAGGAACGUUCUGGGGACCAAGAACCUCUCUCAGAUUCUCUCUGAUCGUGAGGAAAUUGCACACAGCAUGCAGGCCACACUUGAUGAGGCAACAGAUGAUUGGGGCAUUAAGGUGGAACGUGUGGAGAUCAAGGAUGUGAAGUUACCCGUCCAGCUGCAGAGAGCAAUGGCUGCGGAGGCAGAAGCUGCCCGGGAGGCGAGAGCUAAGGUAAUUGCAGCUGAGGGUGAAAUGAAUGCUUCCAGGGCCCUCAAAGAGGCAUCCAUGGUUAUUACCGAGUCCCCUGCCGCUCUUCAGCUUCGUUAUCUGCAGACCUUGACCACCAUCGCUGCGGAAAAGAACUCCACCAUCGUCUUCCCCUUGCCCAUAAAUAUGCUGCAGGGCAUCAUAAAUGAAAAACGCUAGGGAGAGCGGGAGUGGAGCUCAGGGUGGGGGUUUUGCUACAGCGAAUGCAACACUGAAGGCCCUGUGCAUUGUAGCUUCUGGCUGUAUUAAUGCAGAUUUGCUAUAACUUUUGUUAGGCUGUGUUAUAAAACUUAUAUGCAAUGUUUGUGAGUUCAGACAAUCAAAAUGGUUGUAGUUGAAAACCUCUCAAAUGAGAACAAACAGAUGGUGGUCUUAAAUAAACCUAUAUCCGUACUGUCCUGAAUGGGACACCCUUCAUCUGAACCUCCUCUGUCCAACUAGCUGUGAGAAAGCUGAGGUGAUCCAACAGCAGCAAAGAUAACUGUUGCUUCAAUAAGGGAAGGAACUUUGGGCUGUAGCUGUGGUGAAAUCCUCGGAUUGCUGUGGUGUGCGUUGGUUCUCCAGCUUCCACGAGGAAAAGUAAUAGAGAUGAUAAAGGAGUGAGAAUUCCAUGCUGAGUGCUUCCAAAAAUCUGGCUUAUCCUUCCUAAAAUGAUCUGCCACUUGUAAGAAUUAGGUGUUGGCCAGUGUUACGGAGGUGAAACGUUCUCCCUGUGUUCUGCUGCCCAGCAAUGGCACAAACACGCCGUAGGUAUGGAUACAAUACACUUGUUGUCCCAGCUGGGUGCUUCUGUUGUGUGUGCCUGCAUAGGUUUAUGCUGCUUCAAACAGUUGCAAGUUGUUGGGGUUUGCCUUUAUCUGUUGGUCUUAACAAUCUAGAAAAGCCCGAGUACUGACUCCUGUGUUUUAUCCAGGUCUAAAGCCCGACUCUAGGGAGUGGGGGUGAUGUUUCACUGGAGAUGCUGUACUGGUGGUAUAUCUGUUCUACUGAUUUAGUGCUGUACCUGUGGGUGCUGCUGUGGUGCCAAAGCCUGUCACCCGCAGUUCAUGUAGUCCUGAGCUGUCAUUCCGUUAAGCUGUAUUCAUGUUUUGUACCAGUUUAGUAGACGUAAUUACAGAUUAAAAGAAGAAUGGAGGGGGAGGCUCUUCACGCUCCCACCACCCCCCAAGUUUGUAAUCUGGUCUGAUUAUUGGGGGGUGGCAAUGACAACAAAACUCCCAAGAUCAAGGAUACAGUGGCCCUUCUCACUCUGGCCCGUGU